AUGAAGGACAAUUCAAUUCCUCUUGAAUUGAAUACUGGUCAAGGAACUAAUCGUUUCAAGUACCAAUCCUUCAAAACUCGAGUUGAACGAAUUAAAGUUGAUGUCGUACGUCGAUCACGCAUUGUUGAAGAUGAGCCUGAUUAUCAUGGCUCUUUCUUUUAUGAAGCCCUGUUACAGUGGAAAGAUCUUAAUUUGACCAGACAUUUUAAAGAUUUUUUAAAAGAAAUCACUCCGCUUGUGAAAUCAUUACCGUCUAUCAUUUACCAUAAAGAGACGAUUAUUACAAUCUUUGAAAAACAUCUUCAAGUUAAUGAAAGUAUGGCUUUAGAUGGUAUUUUAGAUUUGAUCACAAAAUUAGCAAAAGAUUUGGAAGGAGAAUUUUACCCUUAUUAUACUCGCUUAUUAUCACGCAUUUUACCUUUAGUAUAUCAAAAGGAUAUUAAACUAUUAGAGAGUGUUUUUAAUUGUAUUGCUUAUCUCUUUAAAUUUCUUUCAAGACAAAUCCUUCCAGAUUUAGAACAAACCUUCAAUUUGUUUACAAGCUUAUUGGGUGAAGAUAAUCAAACUCGUCCCUAUAUUCGUCAUUUUACAGCCGAAGCUUUUGCUUAUUUAUUACGUAAGACUCGUGGCGCAGAUUUGAAAAAGAUUGUUCAGUAUAUCCUCAACACACUAAAAGCUGAACCAUCUCAAGAAUUUGAAGAAGGUUUAGCUAUGCUAUUUUUUGAAUCCAUUAAGCAAAUUGAUCAUCGUAUUCAUUCAAGAGGUGAAUCUAUAUAUAAAGAACUUUUGAUUCAAUCUUAUAACAAUAAUGAAGACAUAAAAGCUGAUGAUCUUCCCAGUGAUCCUAUUCAUAGUUUGUUAAAGAAAACAACACUUUUAGUCCUUCACCAUGUCUAUCGUCAACAUUUUACACCAAUGAUUAAUAUUGUUUUGAAUGAAUUAGAUACAGAACUUAAAGAAGAAGUUCCAAAUGAAAAGAAGGUAGCAAUUCAAAUUUCAAUUCUUAACAUGAUUGUUACUGUCAGAAAGGGAAGUCGUGUAGAAGAUUUCAAGCCUAUCGUCAGUCAUCUUCAAGAAGCUGCAAAAUAUGUUUUUAAUCCUUCUCAACAACAUGCCAAUUAUCUUUAUACAGAAACAGUUCGAUUGAUAGCAGGUACAUUAUUCCAUGGAUCACUGGAGGUUGUUAUCAGCGGCGGUCGUGUCAUUUUGGAUAUACUUCAUUCAUGCAAUGUCGAUUUUAUUUAUGGCUUUUAUCUUUCAUUGGCAAAAUUGAAAUGGCCUAAUUAUACACAAGUCUGCUUACCUUACAUUGUGAAAUAUGCCUCUGAUAGAUUUGAUGAAUAUCCUUAUGAGACCAUUCUAUUUUUAGCAGAAGUCUUUAAUGAAAUAGAAUUAGAAAGUGAGACCUUGACAUCGUCUUUGACUGCAGAGGGUCUUGUACGUUUCCCAACUCUAGAAAGUAAGAAGCCAUUUGUAGAAAGUGUUUUGGAUAUCAUGAGUAAAACAUUCGAUUGGACCAAAGAAAGAGAUAUUUUAAAUACUACUGAUCUAAAGGCUAAAGAAUCAAAUAUAUCUGCAAUUACAGUCUUGGCUUCUGCACUUCGAAUUCUAACCAAAAUUCAGACUUCUGUUGAUAAAGUAUCACCUGUCAUUAUGUCAUUAUUUAUUUCACUAGCUGAUUUCUUGCAAAAGAAUAAUGAAGAUGAUAACUCAAUUGUAAAUACACCUUAUAUUUUGGGACAUAAAAAUUAUGUAUUGGAAUCACUUAUGGGUCUUGCUUUGGAAUCAUUGACAUCUAUUGCUUCUCAUUCUACAUCUUUACUAGGAGAAUUGAAUAAGAUGCAUGAAAGACUGAUGAAGGGAAUUCUUAUAAAUUAUAAAGGAAAUGAACUUAUUCUUUCUGGUAUUUAUCAAUACUUGGAUCUCUUAUAUUCUAGCAAUAAUUACAAGGAAGUUUUCUCGUUGGAAAAUUUCGGAAUUAUUUAUAAUCAUCUCAAAGACAACCUUAGUUCUUAUCGACAUCAGUGUCGCUUAAAUACACUUAAAAUUUUAGCACUUUAUGAUCAACCUAUGAUGAAGCUGGAUGACCAACACAAAACGCUUGAGCCUUCUGAAUUAGUACGUACUGCACUUCAUAUGGAGGAAAUUAAUGCUACCUUUAAGGAGUAUCGAGAUAAGGUUCUUUUAAUUCAAAAAUUAAACUUAAUAACCAGUUCGAAACGUACACCUGACUUGCUUGAAGAUUUUGCUCCUCGUUUGGCCUUAGGCCUUUUAACAGUCAAUUUACGUCCCCUUUGGGUUGAGGCACGCAAAAUCUUAGUCACCUUUUCCAACAAUAAUGCUGAACUCUAUUGGUCAAUGAUGCAUGAUGAAUUGAUGAAGUUUAAUCAUGAAUAUCAAUUAGUUCGAGAUGGAUUUUCUAAAGAUAUUUUGGAUAAGUUAAUCAUGACGAAUGACAUGAAUGAAUCUCAUCAAAAAGCUACCAAGACAGGUAAUAUCACGUUCGAAUGUCCUACUUUAACGCAUAUUACUCAUGUCCAAGAUCAAUCAUGGAAGAUAAUGCAAACGGAAAAAGCACAAAGCCUUGCUUUGUUAUUUGCUGGAUUUAGUCAACAAGAAGAUGGUCAUAUGGAUUUCUGGAACUAUUAUAAUUUAUUAUUGCUUGUAUUGAAGGAUACAGCAACAACUACAGAAGCCAAAGGAAGACAUUUGGUACCUAUAUUUUUGAAGUUCUAUAGUGAGGAGUUUAUGUCAACUUCUGAGGAAGGCGAGGAAGAAAAUGAGGAUGACAAUGAAGCUGAUCAAGCAAUAAUGAUAAACGAAGAAUUAGGUAUUUUGCAACGUUCAAGUCGUGUAAAUAAAAGUAGGAUGACAAGCUGGCUUGCCAUUUUCGCUGUUUAUAAGAACCCUGCAGCUGCAUAUCGUACCGCUGAAUUAUAUGACGUCUUUAUGCAUAUUAUUGCUAUGGGUGAUUUCAAUUUGCAAAAGGCUGCCUUAGAAUGUAUUAUUAGUUGGAAGAAUCCUAAUGUCAAACCCUAUGCUGAUAACCUGCGUCUCUUGUAUGAUGAUACCAGAUUCCGUGACGAACUUAGUAACUUGAUACAAAAUGAAGAACAAAGUCCAAUUGAUCCUGCUCAUCGAAAGGGUUUGAUGCCUGUCUUGAUGCGCAUUCUUUAUGGUCGUCUUAUUCAACGUGCCAAGGCAUCUGCCAAGACAAGUAAAACAGCACGCCGAAAGAUGAUUCUUGGUAGUGUAGCUUGUUGCACAGCUGAAGAGAUUCGAUAUUUUAUUGAUCUUGCCCUUGAGCCCUUCAAAAUGAUCCUCGAAUUGCCAGGUAUGGAAGUAGAUCAGGAUAAUCAUGUAUCGAAAUUCGAGUUUGUUUCUGAAGGCAAACGUCUUGUGGAGCAAAUUCCUUGGAGAAAACAAACCGGUCUUUUGAACUUGUUAGAAGAUAUGAUUAAACAGUUGGCCACCUAUAUUCUACCUUUUGCACCUGAUCUCCUAAAGGUUGUUUUGUAUUUGAUUAAUUUUGUACAUAGUCGAAGACUCCCUGAUGCCAUGGAAGUUGAUGGUGAAAAAGAACAAAGUUCAAAGUCAAAGGAAGUCAGAGCAUUGGCCAUGAAGCGUAUCGUUGGUUUCUUCAAGAUCAGUGGCAACUUUGACUUUACCUCCUUUAUACCAUCCCUCUUUUCUGCUUAUAUUACACCUCAACUUCCUGCUUUCCCUUCUACAACCUCUCAAGAUGUUAGCAGUCUUUUGAAUCUAUUCUUAGUUUGGUCCAAACAGAGUAAAUAUGCUAACUAUCUUGUUGAUUAUGAUCCCUCUGUUAUACCACAGAUUAUAGCCACCUUAUCUGUAGAAAAACUAAACGAAAAUGUGCUGAAUGUCUUGUUGGAAAUCAUUGAAUCUCUUCUUGAUCUUUGUGAUAAUGAAAUGGAUGUUGAUGGCACACAAUCAUUAAAAGAAAAACUUAUAAUCCCUCAUGUUAAUUUGCUUUUGAAUGAACUCAAGUACCGCUUAACUCAAUCUAAGGAUGAUGCCAAAUUUGGUAAUACAUACUCUAUCCGUGAAAUUGCGAUUGCUGCUCGUAUUGCACCUUAUGCCAAGAAUGGUGAGCAAGCGGCAACUAUUGUUGCACUUUUAUUACCCAGUCUUAAGAAACCCUCUCGUGUGAUCCCGGAGAAAUCCAAACAGGAUAUUUUAACAAUUUGGGCUAAGUUUAUCCAUAUUGUACCUGGAUUUGAAGCUGGUUCGAGCCUUUAUCAUCAAUACUAUAAUGCUGCAUCUAACUUUUUCGCCAUUGCACAUUCUCGUGAAACCCGUAUGGGGCUUAUAGAAGUCUUUCAUACAUUUGCUCAAGCUAAUCCUGAUGAACUUACAAAGGUAGAUGAACUCUUGACAAUGAUGAACAGCUUUUCAAAGAAACGUAUUGCAGAGCCUGAUUACGAUCAAAUGCUUGAUGCGCUUAGUUCAAUUGCAGAUACCUAUUAUGAACAGUUUAACAUUCAUCAAUGGUUACCUAUCUUACACCAAUUAGUAUACUGUAUGCAUAAUCCUGAUGAAAUGGCAGUUCGAGGCACAGCAACACAUUGUAUGGUACAAUUCCUGAAGGCAACACAAAGUCAAGAAGAUGAAGAGGUCAAAUAUAAGAUGAUAAAAUAUAUUGAGGGUUUAAUUUAUCCUGCUAUCAAGCGUGGCUUACGAGCUCGUAUAGAACUUGUUCGUAUGGAAUUUAUUACUCUUUUAGGAUCUUGUGUCAAGAUGUUCCCCGAAUUAUCCAUGUUUGAGGAUAUGACAUCUCUUUUGAGUAAUGAUGAAGAAUCCAACUUUUUCAACAAUAUUUAUCAUAUGCAAAUCUCACGUCGUGGCCGUGCUUUACAACGUCUUUCUACUCAUGCUGAAGAGAACGGAUUAAAGAUCGCCACUGUCAAUCAUAUAUUUUUACCAAUUAUUUAUGCUUUCUUGACCGAGGGAGAUCAAAUUCAAGAUGAAGGUCUACUUCGACAAUGUACAAAUGCAAUUACUGCUCUUGCUAAAGUUCUUUCAUGGAAUUCUUAUUAUAAUUUACUUCAAACUUAUUUGAAGCUUGUAAAACAAGACAAUGAAAAGGAAAAGUUAUAUGUACGUGCCGUUAUUUGCAUUUUAGACUCAUUCCAUUUUGAUGUUCAACAUAUUGAAAUAUCUGAUGAAACAGUAAAAUCGAUUAUGGGGCGUCAGAAGCUUCGCAUUAAUUAUUUAACAAAUGAAGAUAUCUUAAAGCAAGCAGCUAAGGAUGCUGGUGAACUACAAGAAGAAGAGAUGAAUGAAAAUGAAGAAGCAGAAGAAGAAAAGGUUGUAGUAAGAGACCAAGCAGAAAGGAUUCAUGAUAUCCUUGUUACAAAACUUUUACCCGACCUCAAUAGUCUCUUAAACCAUAAUAAAACUAGAGGAUCUGUCAUUGGUCGUGUGCCACUCGCCCUUGGUAUUACAAAGCUUCUUUGUUAUCUUCCAGAAAAGUCCAAGCGAGUCAAUUUACCCGGUCUCUUAACCUCCGUUUGUCAAAUCAUUCGUAGUCGUGCUCAAGAUGUUCGUGAUGUUACCCGUGAUACUCUUGUCAAAAUUAGUGCCUUCUUAGGUCCUGCUUACUUCAACUUUAUCAUUAAGGAUCUGCGUGCGUCUCUGCAAAAGGGUUAUGAACUACAUGUUUUGGGCUUUACUGUUAACUCACUCAUACAAGAUAUAAUGAAGCAAGUUAAGGUAGGAGAUCUUGAUUAUUGUCUAGAGGAUAUUGUUGAUGUUCUUGUAAAUGAUAUCUUCGGCACUGCUGGUGAAGAAAAGGAUCAAGAUGAGAUGACAGGUAAAACAAAGGAAGCCAAGAGUCGUCGUAGUCCUAUUUCCUUUGAAUUACUUUCUCAAGUGAUUCAUUUCAAGCAUGUCCAUGUCCUUUUGAUGCCUUUGAAGGAAGUUAUGUCAAACACUGAAAGCAAUCGUAAGCUUCUCAAAGUUGAGGAUCUCUUACGUCGUAUUGCGAUUGGUCUAGUGAAAAAUCCUGAAUUCGAAUCUCUUGAAUUACUUGAUUUUGCCUAUAAUUUAAUCACUGAAAAUAAAGAAGAAUAUAAGGUGCAACCAAAGAUGACGGUUAAAAAGACACAAAAGGAACUUAAUUUCGAAGUUCAAAUGAAGAGGCCUACAGCGGAACCUGUGGAUCAUUAUCGUGCCAAUGCCUAUCGAUUUGUUUUCCUUGGCCUUAGUCUUCUUGCAUCUGCUCUUAAAAAGAAUAAGUUUGAUCUGACAAAUGAGGAAUACCUUUUACGUCUGAGAAAACUGGUUAAUGCAGUUGGUAACACACUUUACUCAAACCAAUCUGCUAAUGUUGUUUUAUCAGCUCGCAUCAUGAGUCAAUUUAUUCCCAUGAAGAUCGGCAACAUACAAUCCGCUGUUGGUGUUUCAAUUGAUCGAUGCUUUGCUAUUCUCAAAUCUUCAGGUACUUCACGUACAAAGACAGUACAGGCUUGCUUAAAACUUUUGAUUGUCUGUAUUCGUGAUAAUACCGAAACAAGAUUGACAGAGACACAAUUAACAUACAUCUUGGAUUUUGUUCGACCUGAUUUGGAAGAGCUUGAACGUCAAAGUACAACCUUUGGUCUCAUUCGAGCUAUUAUCUCUCGCAAGUUUGUUGCCCCUGAAAUGUACGAUCUUAUGGAUAAUAUUUCAAAUAUUAUGGUAACCAACCAAAGCAAAGAAGUUAGACAACAGGCACGAUCCGUCUUUUUCAUGUUCCUUAUGGAUUAUCCUCAAGGUAAGGGCCGUCUCAAACAACAAAUGACGUUUGUGAUCAAAAAUCUUGAAUACGUCUUUGAAAGUGGUCGUGAAUCGGUUAUGGAAUUUUUGUAUCAAAUCAUUACUAAAUUUGGUGAUGAGGUCCUCAUUGAUUAUAUUGAUCCCAUUUUCUUUGCCCUUGUAAUGCGUCUUGUGAAUGAUGAAUCUAGCAAAUGUCGUGAAAUGGCAGCUGCUCUUGUUAAAUCCCUUUUAGCUCGCAGCACAGAACGAUUACCUACGUUUUAUAAAUUAUUAAAUAAAUGGCUUGAUGAAUCAGGAAAGCCCAGUCUUCAACGUGUAGCUUGUCAAGUUUAUGGUUUAGCUCUUGAAAGUAUUGGUACACAGUUAAAACCACAAGCAGCAGGACUUAUUCAACGUCUUUCCAAGAUUUUAGAAGAGAGUCGAGACCGUACUGAAGAGCUAGCAGCUGAUGAAGAAGCGAUGGAUGUCGAUAUACAAUGGGAAGUAGCCUACUAUGCCAUCAAUACCUUUGCAAAAAUCAUUAAAACGUUCCCUAAAUUGGUUUAUGAGCAAAGUACAGAAGUAGUUUGGCGAGUGAUGCAAUAUAUGUUGCUUUUCCCUCACGCCUGGAUUCGUUCAUCUUCUACUCGUCUCUAUGGUGUUUUCUUUUCUGAGAUUGAUCCAAAGACACGUACAAUUAAUGAAAGCUCAACCGUAUGCAGUUACCUUGAUCGUGCUACAUUAAGAAUGUUGGCUGGCGACUUUUUGGAACAAUUGAAGAGUAAUCAUGUAACAGAAGAACAAGCAGAUCAAAUUGUAAAAAAUCUGUUCUUUAUUGGUAGAUGCUUUUAUUAUAUGUCAGAUGAAGAAGACGAGGAAGAAAAAGAUGAAGAAGACCUUGAAGAUACUGAUAAGAUGAAUGAUAAUGAAGUUGUAGAAGGAGAAGAUGAAGCUGCUACUGAAAAGAUUAAUCAGAAAGCUCAUAAACAAUCAUUAAAUUGGUUAUUUAGAAAAGCUUCUUUUACUGCUCGUGGUGCUGCUAUUCGUAAAAUUAAGAGUGAUAUCAUCUUGCGCUCUUCUGUUUUUAAAUGGUUUGCAGCAAUGUGUAAUACAAUGACAACUGAAGAAUUACCACCUUAUUUAAUGCCAGUGAUAGCACCUAUUUAUCGUACAGUAAAUGAAGAACAAAAUAAAUCAGAUGGCUUUGAUUCAUUGCAACAAUUGGGUACUGAAAUUCUCAACUUACUUCAAAACAAGGCUGGACCUACUGUAUAUUUUGCAGUAUAUCAACGUGUACGACAACAAGUACUCCAAACAAGACAGGAGCGUAAAGCAAAUAAAGCAGUCUUGGCUAUUACUAACCCAACUCUCAUUGCUAAGCGUAAAUUAGAUAGAAAACAAAAGGCGUAUGCUAAAAAGAAGCGUGCCAAACAUCAUCAAUAA